GCUAAGAAUGGCAGCGGAAUAAAAGUGGAUCUUCACUACGGAUUGGCCAAUAAAAUUGCCGUUGAAGACUUUUUUGAGAGGAUGCUCACCUCAGUCAACACCCGCAAAUCUGAAUUCUAGUCCAGCUCUAGUAACCACCCAGGCACUUACUCAACAGGUGGUGCUGAUUCCUGUGAGGUUGUGAGAUAAAUUUGAAUUUGAACUUCUCCUACUACCAACGGCGCUUCCCAACAAAGUCAUGGCCGACAAAACGGAACACCAGAGGUCUGAUCACGGAGGCUCUCCGGCGACGGAGAAAAGAAAGUCUAUUGACGGGACUCUUGAUCAACCAGUCUUGGAAAAUGAACCAGCAACGAAAAAGCAGAAGCUGCCUGUCCGCGGCAAGAACGCCGUUUACAGCAGCCAUAAGUCUGUCAGCAUCGAGAUCCCACUUUCAAGGUUGCCCAAAGAGACAAGGGUAAUUGAGGAGAUUGGGGACAGCCAGGAUGAGGGGGAUGUGAGCGGCGACGAGGAGAUCUUCAAAACGCCCAUAGCGGAGAGGAAGCACAUCGUCUUCGACGACGAUGACCACGAUGAGUUUGUCACUCCAUUGGAAAAGCCCGCAAAGGAGUGGUUGGAGAGCAGCGCUGCUCCGCCUACCCAGCCUGGGCCUGGAUCGGAGAACCCGGUUGGGGAGGAGGAGGAAGACUCCGACGACGACGCUCCACCAGAGGCGGUUUCUUCACGUCAAGCUGCCGCACAAUCAACAGGACACGCCCAAGCCGCCGCCCAGGCUGCUGAAGAACAAACUGCUGCCAAGAGACGCAAGCGCCAAGAGCGAGAUGCGUUGUUCAAGAAGCAAGCCGAGGCGCGCAAGCGUACUUCGGAGCUCGCCGCGCAGGAUGGGAGAUCGGGGUCUGUGGACGACUUGGAUCAGGCAGCUGGCGAAGGAUUGAGGCCAGAGGUGCAGCGGAAGAGGAAGCUGGAGAUUCCUGAUGUCCUCCCCCUUGAACUUCUCGAGUCUGACGAUGAAGACGACGAGGAGACGGGGAAAACUGAGCUGGCAACGGCUCGGCAAGCUAAGAAGGUUAGAUUUGAUAACGGGGAAAGAAGGUCGUCUCGCGGGGACCGGCCACCGCGCGACCGGAGAGUCGGCUCGACCGUGUAUCGAGUCAUGACGGACAAGACGGAUGGGAAGCUGGCUCCCAAGGCUGGCAAGCAAUCCAAGAACCGGAGAGAGGUCAUGUUGGUGAGAAAGAGAGCUCCGAAAAGGAGAGGCGGCUUCUUCGUUAAGGGCUAGAGUGAUAGACUCCGGACCAACCCGUUGAAGAUUUACAUAUUUCAGCGUUGGAGGUGGGCUUGAACAACAGGGUUGUCACAACAAUGAUGCGCUGCAGCCGAGAGAAACAGGCUAUGAGACAGCUGGGACUUUACCAUUGCCCCUUUCCAAGAACCUUUGCAUACCCACCUAGAGAAAUAUCAUCCAUGAGUGA